UCUAAUAGCUGAUUAAUAGUUUACAUUGUAUAUUUUAUGAGAUUUCAUUAAAAAAUUAAUGAAAACAUAAUAUACCGUUGUGAUUAGCACCACCAGAAAUGUGACUUGUAAAUGUUAUAAAAAUUUAGCAAUGAUUUAAAAAAUAUUCGUUAUUUACUAUCACAUCAUUUAAGAAUAAUUCUGUUGUUUACAUAUACAUUACAAUGUAUGUUUAUUCAGAAUGCUAUCUAAUAUUUUCACUUCUAAUAUGCUGUUUGAUUCUGCAGAUUAGUUAUGCAUACAUGUGGCAAGGACAAGAUCUUCUUCUCUAUUCAACAGAUAAGGAAAUAAAUAUUUUAAAUACAUCCAGAGUCGGAGGAGGAAGAAUGAGAACAACCAAUGUUGUCCGAAAUCUGACACAAGCUGCAGCUGUAGCUUAUAAUUAUGAAGAACGAAAAAUUUGUUGGAGUGACCAUUCGCUUGAAAAUAUUCAGUGCACAACAUAUCUAGGAUCAGAUCCAUCGAAUAAGGUUAUUUCGAAUAAUACUAGAACAAUUAUAACUGGAGUAUUAUCAGUAGAUGGAUUAACCUGUGAUUGGUUGACAAACAAAUUAUAUUGGACAGACAGUGAAGCUAAUCGAAUAGAGGUAGCAACAAUGGAGGGAGAUUACAGAAAAGUAUUAUUUUGGACAGACUUGGAUCAACCACGUACCAUUGCAUUGAUUCCACAAAAAGGCAUUAUGGUUUGGACUGAUUGGGGAGAAACUCCCAAAAUUGAAAAAGCUGGAAUGAAUGGAGAUCCUAAUACAAGGAAGAAAAUUAUAACCAAAGAUAUAUUUUGGCCGAAUGGAUUGACGAUAGACUAUAAAGCUGAAAAGAUCUAUUGGAUAGAUGCGAGACUGUCUUUUAUUGAUGUUAUGGACUAUGAUGGCAAGAAUAGACAAAGGAUAUUGAAAGCAAAAUUUGAAUAUCCACAUUCUUUGACAUAUUUCCAAAACAGAUUCUACUACACAGAUUGGAAAACAUGGUCUAUACAUGGUUUCGAUAAAAACUUUCGCCAUUCUGUUAAAGAAAUAGAACAUUUUCACAAUGUUGUUCCAGUUGAUGUACAUGUUUGGAAUCCUGAAACUCAAGAAAAAUUUCCAAACCCCUGUGAUAAAAACAAUGGAGGAUGUUCUCAUCUUUGUCUUCUGGCUCCUUAUCCACCAGGAUAUACAUGUUCUUGUCCUAUUGGUAUUAAGAAUAUCAACAACCUAACAUGUGCAGAUGGUCCUGAAGAAAUAUUACUUUUGGCCAGAAGGGCCGAUAUUUGUGUUGUUUAUUUAGAUUCGCCAGAAUAUACUUAUAAGACUGUGCCUCUAACAAACUCUAGGUUCGCAGUUGGAAUUGAUUAUGACGUUAAAGAAGGAUUCAUAUAUUGGACAGAUGACUCAAUGAAAAAAAUUGAAAGAGCCAGGCUUGAUGGUAGUGAACAGCAAGAUGUUGUUAAUGUGGAAGUUGUUUCGCCAGAUGGCAUAGCUAUUGAUUGGAUAUCAAGAAAUAUUUAUUGGAUUGAUACUGGAGCUGACAGAAUUGAAGUUAUAACUAUAGAAAAAGGCUUUAGAAAAGUCCUAAUUAGCGAUGAUUUGGAAAAACCUAGAGCAAUUGCUGUUGCUCCUGAAAUAGGCUGGCUAUUUUGGUCAGAUUGGAGUGAUAGAAAACCCAAAAUCGAGAGAGCAAAUCUGGAUGGUACUGAACGUAUUAUGAUUGUCUCCAAAGAUCUUGUUUGGCCAAAUGGGGUGACUCUAGAUAUAGAAGCAAGAAAAAUAUAUUGGUGCGAUGCAAAAGAAGAUAAGAUUGAAUUUGCAAACAUGGAUGGAACAGACAGAAGAGUAUUGAUAAAUACUGACGUGCCACACGUGUUUGGGCUCAGUUUGUUAGGCGAAUAUCUCUAUUGGACUGAUUGGGAACGAAGAGCCAUUGACCGAGCUCAUAAAAACUUAGGUAAUAGAGAAAUUAUAGUUGACCAGUUGCCAAACGUAAUGGGGUUGAAGGUUGUCAAUUUGAAAACGGAGAUAGGUUUCAAUUUUUGUAAGAUCAAUAACGGAAAUUGCUCCCAAAUAUGCCUUCCUAAAAAGGGGGGUAGGAUAUGCGCUUGUCAAAUUGAUUUUGAACUUGAUGCAGGAGGAAUAGAUUGUGUAAAGCCCAAAACAUUCCUAUUGUAUACACUUGGAAAUAAAAUCGGAAGGAUUGGAAUAGAAAAUCGUGGAAAUGAGAUGAGCUUGCCUAUUAGUGGAAAGAAGCAUGCAAGUGGGCUAGAUUUCGAUGGAAAUGCGAUGAGGAUCUAUUGGAGCGAUAGUAAAUCACGCACCAUAAUGAGAGCAUUCGUAAACGGAUCCCAUCCACAUAAAGUUAUAGAAUCCGGUUUGAGUUCACCAAAUGGCAUUGCUGUUGAUUGGCUGAGUUUAAACAUUUACUGGACAGAUUCUGAAUCCCAUAAAAUCGAGGUUUCGCGCCUGAUGGGAUCUAGUAGACGAACGCUUCUUUGUGGCGAAAUCUAUGAGCCACACAGCAUUGUGCUCGAUCCGCUAGCUGGGUAUAUGUAUUGGUCCGAAUGGGGUACAUCCAAUUUCUUAAAAAAAGCAGCAAUGGAUGGUUCUAAUCCAAGAAAACUCCUUGCCACCACUGGCCCCGCUUCAAGUUUAGUCCUUGACUAUCAAUCCAGGAGAUUAUAUUGGGUAGAAAUAGGGAUUUUGUCACCUGCAAUAUUGUCUUCUGAUUUGGAUGGCAACGAUAAGAAGUUUGUAUUACGAGGUGGUUCUUACAAACCUUCUGCUGUUGCACUUGAUGGAAAUAAUCUUUUUUGGAGUGAUUCCGCAAGUAAAAAAAUCCUCAAAAUAAGCAAAGAAGAUGCAGAAACCAGCUUUGUUGGUAAAGUUUUCGGAUCGAGUAAAUCAGAUGACACUCUUCAAGAAGAAAUAUUCAAGCUACCUGAUGUUACUAACAAUCUAUUAGUUUAUGAUCCGGAAAAGCACAACGGCAGCAAUCAAUGUUUUGUAAGCAACGGUGGUUGCUCGCAUUUAUGUUUGCCUUUACCAGGAAAAAAUCCAGAUGAUUCGGCAAGUUUCACAUGUGCCUGUCCCAAUCAUUACACGUUACAAGAGAACAAAUGCUUGCCUCCUAAAGAAUUUAUGGUGUACAGCCAGAAGAACUUGACAGUACGGUUGAUGUUAGACACCCCUGAUUGUCCUGAAGCAGUACUACCAAUCUCUUCAUUGAAAAUGGUCAAGGCAAUCGAAUAUGAUCCUGUUCAUAAUUUCUUAUAUUGGGUUGAAGGAAAAUCACAUGCCUUGAGAAGAGCAGAAGUUACUGGAACCCUUACCUCCAUAGUUGUUUCAGAAUCGGAGGACGUACAUCCAUUUGAUUUAGCAUUGGAUCCCAUUGGCAGAAUUCUGUUUUGGACAUGUUCCGCCCAAGAUUUGAUAAAUGUAACUAGAUUGGAUAACAACAUUUCAUUUGGUGUCAUUCAAAGGAAGAAUGAAAAACCAAGAUUGUUAGCUAUUCAUUACUCGAAACGGCUAUUAUUUUAUACCGAUGUUGGAGCUUCACCUCAAAUCGUCAGAAUAAGAUUGGAUGGAAGUCAUCAUUUAGUUAUCGCUAAAGCUGCUGAUGUAACGGCAAUUGCUGUCGAUGUGGAUAAUGAUUUGUUGGUUUGGGCUCAAGGACACAGCAUAUACAUAAGUAACAUUGAUGGGGAAAAUCAGCACGUUCUUUUGAAUGAAAGCAAUGCCAAAAUAUCACAACUAACCGUACACUUGGGUUGGCUGUACUGGAUUGACAAAGAAUUGCACCAAUUGCAAAGGUUAGAGUUAAUAUCGGGAAAAUCUAGAUCAACCCUACCUAUUCAGGCUUCUCGUAUAACAGAUCUCAUUUCUGUUAAAAACCCUGAUCGCACCCAUCCUUGUUGGCACAAUCAGAAGAAAUGUUCCCAUUUUUGUAUUAUGAACAGUACAAGUGCCGAAUGUGCCUGCCCUCAAGAUAAAGUAUUGCAAGAUGAUAGAAGAACUUGUAUCUCGCUUCCGAAUUGUGGUAACGACUACUACUUCACUUGCUCCCUCUCUCAGUCAAAUAAAAGAGACUGUAUUCCUAUCGCUUGGAAAUGUGAUAUGCAAAAGGACUGCAAAGAUGGUUCCGAUGAAAUGGACUGUACAACUUGUAAUCAGAACCAGCACAGGUGCAAUGAUGGUCAAUGUGUAGAUAAUGUCAUACUUUGUGACGGGAUCGCCCAAUGUCCUGACAAUUCAGACGAGGCAAAGUGCUGUCACAACAGCUUUCAGUGUCCCGAAACAGAAAGCUGCAUUGCUUACUCCUCAGUUUGCGAUGGUAUUGACAAUUGUCCAGACGGAGCAGAUGAAUUGAAUUGUGACCAUACGAAUUCUCUUACCGUUGUCACAAUUAUCUUGGGAAUCCUCGUUGUGGUUAUGAGCUGUUCUUUGAUAUUUUAUUGUUUGAAAAAGAAAUUUACAACUGUGGAUAAAAUCGGAGAUUACUCCGAUGAUGCUUUGAAUCCAUUGCAAUCUGGAUCUCAGUUAAAAAUGCAGAACGCACGGAAAGGUAUACCGGAUGUGGUUAGAAUGUCAAUGGUCAAUGGAAGUAAUAGUUCUAGUUGUGAUAGAAGUCACAUAACAGGUGCUUCUAGCUCGAUCAUCGGUUCUAGCUCUUGUUACCCCAGAGAAACAUUGAACCCUCCUCCAAGUCGAGCAACGACACAUGCUUCGACUCGUGGGAGCAGUCCAUCAUCUAGGUAUCGUCCCUAUCGUCACUAUCGAUCUAUUAAUCAACCUCCCCCUCCAACUCCUUGUUCAACAGACGUUUGUGACGAGAGUGACUAUAACUAUCCUUCUAGGUGUGGAAAAUACGAUACAGGUCCUUUUCCUCCUCCUCCCACACCAAGAUCUCAUUGUCAAAGUGAAAGUUGCCCUCCCUCUCCUAGCUCGAGGUCCUCGACCUAUUUCAGUCCCUUACCCCCACCACCAUCUCCAGUUAUCUCUCCAAGACAUUAUCAUACAUAGGAAGCAAUAUCAAAAUGUCAUAAAUGACACACUUAAGACUGACUUAAUUUAUUUUGAUUUUGUGGCAGAAUAUUUAUUUUUAAUACGUAGAAUGUACAGUUAAAAAAAAAAAAGUCUAACUUCGAUUAUUUAAUCUCAGUUAUGAAAUUGUACUAGUUUGUAAGUCCGAUCUUGUAGAAAAAUUUGCUACAAUAAUAAUGUGCCUUGCCUGUUUAAAUGUCGAAAUUUAAAUAUACAUAAAUUUGAAAGUACAGAAAAUCAGCUCAUCGAAUCAUGUAGAUAAACGUCCUUAUAAGUGUAUAUAAUAUAUUUUUUUUAAUAUAUAUGUGUAGAUCAGAUGAUUCAAUAUUUUAACACAAAAAAAUAAUUUGUUUCAAGAUCAAAAAUUCGAAGAGGUAGUUCUUUUAUUCAUGUUGAUAAAUGUCAUUAUACACCUAUGAAAUAUAUUUUUGAAUAUAUAUAAAUUAUAUGAUUUGAUGUUGUAAAGGUAUACGAUAUACUUUUUUGAAUAUCAAUAUGGCAUAUAAUGAUUCAUUACAUUUUCUUUUGAGUAAAUCAAAAUUUGGAAAUGUAACUCACUGAUAUUUGCGUUGAUAUGUUUUGUUAUAUCGGUAUAUGAUUUUAUAUUUUUAUGAAUAUAUAUAGAUCAUAUAUAUAGAUACAAUAUUUCAACUGAUUGCUUGCACAUGAAAUGAUGAACAUUUUUUUUUGUUUAGUUUGAAAAAUUCAUACAGUCGGUGAAGAUUUGAAAUAUUUUGAUUUUCAUUAUAAAAAAAUAUUGAAAAUGAGAAGUAAUGAUGCCAUUAUGAACAAAAAAUGAAAGUAUACAUUGAUAUAUCAUAUAUUCAAUUAGUUGUUUAAUCUUUUCCACAAAAAUCCCAGUUAUUUAGUUAUUGUUAAAAUUGUGAUUUUGUCUUGUGAAAAAAAUAUCUUCAAAGUUUCAGGAAUGCUCCUAAAUUUUUUUUACCUCAGUAUUUUAAUGUGAAGAUAUAAAUUUUCUGUUAAUUUUUUUUUUAUACAAUAUCAUAAUGUUAAACUCAUUUUAUGAAUAAAUUAAUUGUAA